AAAAAGUAAGAUUGUUUCUCUAUAUAAGCUAUCUAGCUACCAAUCUUCUUGACUGAUUUGUAGAUUGCUAGAGAGACAAUUAGCUUUAAAUCCAUGUUGAGGUCAUUUUCAAUAUUUUACUAUUUGGUACCUCAAACUUAUGAGUUUUAUACAAAGGUUUUGAAAGAUUAUUGAUUAAGCCCGUUUUGAAUGUAAGAUUUUUUAUAUAUAUAAAUAAGUGACUUUUGUGGUGUGAUGAGACUUGAGUUUAAUAGGCAGAGACCAUCAGAUCUCUCCAGCUACCAUUCUUCAUGACUGGUUAGUAGAUUGCCUUAGAGAGAGACAAUACUUAAUUGUUUCAGAAUAUGUCUAAUAAAAUUGCAAAAAUAAAUAAAAGGAUUAAAUGAGAAUAAAAUCCAUCAUAACAAACUACCAAUAAACUUCUGAUUAAUAAUUUUAAUGGAAGCAUCUCAAAGAUACAAAGAUUUUUUACCCUAAACUAAAAUUCUGAGAGAGAUUUUUGUAAUCUGCAACUUAAUCUGCUCCUAACUAAAGAAUAUUUUACACUCGAGUGAGUAGGACUAAGUUGGAACAAGAUAAUGUGCAUCAAAUUCAUUCUGCUGCUCCCUGAUCCAAACCAACAAAAAAAAUAGUGCAAGGAACACAAUGGGUAGAGCCAAAACCAACUUUAAUGAUAUCUUUGGGCGAGUUUUUUGAAUAAUGAACUGAGGCUGAGUUUGAAUUUGAGCUUGAGCUUGAGUUUCAACUUGGGCUAGAGCUAGAGCUUGAGUUUCAGCUUGAGCUUGAACUUGAGCUUCAGUCUUGUAAUCCUGAAAUAACUUAUCAUAUUCUUGCUCCCCAAAUAACUUAUCCCAUAUUUGCUCUUUUUCUUAUCUUAAGUUCUUUCAACAUUGAACAAUUUUAUCAUAUUGUUUUAAUUCCAGGGACAAAUAAGAUUUGGUGGUUGAACAUUUGAAGAAUCUUUUCCUAGUUGAGCUUAAUAUCAGAAGUAGGAAAUGGUUAACAGAUAUGGAGUGUUUUGAUUUAGAGAAAAUAUCAUGUUGCAGUGGAUAGAUGGGUUCAAGCAUUUAUUUGCUUCCCUAUUGCGGUCCUUUGAUCUCGACUUGUUAAACCAAUCAAGAAACCUACACGAUCCUGCAGUUCUAGCAGAGGAGACAGUGUUUAGCGUAAGCGAACUUGAAGCACUUUAUGAACUUUUUAAGAAGAUCAGUAGUGUUGUGAUUGAUGAUGGAUUAAUCAACAAGGUCUAUAUUGAGAUGCAUUUCUUUGGCGCAAUACUAGACAACAUUGACAGUUGAAGUUUUUAGAAUAAAAAAUAUAUUUCACUAACAUUGGAUACAUUUCUUGUUUAUUAUUUGAUGAUGAUAAAAUUUGAUUGUAGUAUAAACUAUCAUGUAAUAUGAUUUUGUAAGCCGAGUAGACUAAAUACUGAAAUUAUAUUUUUGAGUAAUUAAUAAAAAAUUAUUUUGUUGUA